AUGAAGCGUCGGGUCAUCUGUAUGACCAAGCAUAUCGAUGGAACUCAGAUUCCGAUAGAGGAAUACAAAUGUACGGCUGACAAGCCGGACGACACCAAAAAUUGCUUCCUGGAAAGUUGCAAAAUGGAUUCAAAAUUCAUCCCGCUAAUUCGUACGGACAAUUCAACCUUCAUUCAACUGAAACCUGUUCGCUCGAUUAAUCUACGGGUCGGCAGUAAUGCUGUCGUCAUACCUAAGACUAGGGUGACCAUCAGAUGCCCAGUGAAGAAUUUCCCACCCCAUAUCGUAAACUGGAAGAAAAAUGACGAAGUACUGCCCCUCUUUGGUCGAGUGCGCAAGUCUAUGAAGGGCGCAUUGAAAAUCCGUUUCGCCAUCGCCGAGAAAGACACAGGCAUUUAUACCUGCUUUGCCGGUUCACUCAACGCUAAUUCUUCUAUACAAUUCCAGUCAGCGCGUAAAGCACAAAAAAUGGCCGCGACUUUUGAAGAAGUCAGCGACGACACGAAGAAAAUAGACAAAACCUACAAAGUUUCGCCGGAAAUCAUUGCCGACGCCAGCCGGACUCGGCAUAAGAAAGCCCAGUUUCUGGUUAAACGUUGGACACCAUGUUCAAACACUUGUGGGUUCGGUACUCAGACACGGGUCGUCACUUGCGCCAUUAAGACUGACUCCUAUAUUAAGAUGUAUCCAGAUGAGACGUGCAAUAGAAUUGGGUUGAGAAAACCGGACAAUAUUCGGAAAUGCGUGGAAAUCGAAAAAUGCCCAGUAUGGAACGCGGGAGAAUGGUCCAAUUGUACGACCGAUUACUGUAUUCGGGAUGGUUUCGCUGUGAUGAAACGACUCAUCCAAUGCAUCAGCCCAGAUGGAAGUGUGAUUGAUCACAAGGCUUGCUUAAAGACCAAAGCACCAGAACACAAACGUGUCUGCGAGAACCCUAAUUGUCUCGCCUUGUGGAGAACAGAAAACUGGACCGGUUGCCGCCCCUACUGUGGCCCUACCCGAUACAAGUUCCGUAUCCUGUCCUGCGUUUGGAAACAUUCAAAGAAACCAGCCGGCAUAAAUUGCCGUGGGAAAUCCAGACCCCAUUUCCGCAUGGCAUGUGAAAGUACACGCUGUAUCAAUGGUGAGUACUCCCCUAAAGUUAGUGAGUUGCUCGAAUCGUGCCAUCAGAUACGAGAGUCGUAA